AUGGUCUGCAAGGAAAAGUCAUUAUCAUCUGGCCAUGAUUCAAAUGGGCCGUUACUGUUGGUUCCAAUGAAUGUGAGCUUAAAUAGAUUGCAACAAAAUAGACCAAGGAACCCAAUUUGUCAAAAUGUUAUUUUUUGUUGGGACGCAAGGCCACGUGAUUCCUCACAACAUACGUCUCUAAAUCAUUCUACUCUUCAUCACUCAAUUGGCCUGAGACUGCUGACCAUAAAGCAUUUGCUCUUUAUAAAUACAAAUUCUAACCCAGUUUUUCGCUUGCCAAGAAUUGUUAACUCUAAGUCGAGUCUAAAACGGACUCUUUCAUCAUCAGAGACCGCAGUGGUGCUCAAAGGCCACUUUGCUGUUUACGUUGGAGAAGCUGAAAAGAGGAGAUUUGUUGUCCCAAUUUCAAUCCUGAAGCAUCCUUCCUUCCAAAAUUUGUUGAGUCAAGCUGAAGAAGAGUUUGGGUUUAAUCAUCCUAUGGGUGCUUUGACAAUCCCUUGUAGCGAAGAAGCUUUUGUUGAUCUCAUUGCAAUCUGCAAAGCUCAUGAAAAGAAAUGAUUAAAAUGGCUAACCAAGCAGAUCUUGACUGAUCGUUAGCGCAACUGACACAGUGACACGUAACAGUUUUCUUAUUAGGAAGCGAGUGUAUAUCGUGGAUUGUA